AUGACAGUGAAACGAGUCAUUUAUGGUACCGACUGGGAUAUGGACGCCUUUCAAGGCGCAAGUCUUCAAAGUAUAAGCACCAUCUCAACGGAAACCCGUACUGCUAUAUGGUUCGACAAGGCGGCGGGAACGCUUGAGAUUGAGGGCGACUCGGAAGAAUCAGUGCACCAAGCCCACGCAGAAAUCACCAAAUUGCUGAGAGAAGACGUUGCCCAACAACCACGCCGAGGUGAAUGGGCCAAACCCGACCGUCCUGGUUUAUGGGGACAACGUCGAGAUCUAAAGCGAAAGGCACCUGAAAAAGAUGACGAAGACGAGAAUGAACAGGAUGAAGAGAAGUCCGGUACAAGUCAUGAUCACUUUGACGGGGACGCCGAGCCACCAACGCUACCCGCACCAUGGUUAAUGGUCGCCGCAGCUUCCCCGGAAAUUGAUAUUUUCAGACCAAGAAUUUCUGCUGCUCAAAGUACCGUUCCAGAAGAACCUCACCGGGUGGUGGAGAAAGUUCUACCACGUCGAGAUAGGUCUAGUCAGAAAGAAUUUGUACUCCCUUUGGAACUAGGCAUGCGGCGGAAGGUUUUCCAACUCCAUGCAUACGAAGCUUGCCUGCGUACAUCUCACCAAAAAAAGUUCGAAAUCAACUGGUGUUGCAAACCGCAUAUUAUUGACAAGCUCACCCCCUGCGAAGAACGUGACUUGAUCGUUAAAUUGAAAGAGAUUGCAGAGAAGACCGGAGCUUGCUUCGCAUAUAAGAAAAGGCUAUAUGGCAUACACCUGACCUCGGACAAUCAGGAGGAAAUCGAUUUUGCCAAAGAGUGGCUAAUGGCGUUGGAACACUACCUUGAUUCAUUCGUGGUCAAUUUACCGAUCCCCCUUUCGCAGUUGGGCUCGAAUCCUCCGGACAGAGCCCGAAGAAUGACAAAGGACAAAGGUUAUGAUAGCAAUGGUGCAAAUGGAUCAAUUGAAAACUAG